UCCCAACAAAACAAAAUGCUAAAACCUCUUUCGAGUGUAUGGAUUCUUUUCAUCUUCGUCUCCGUUCUCUGUCAGUCAAGCGCAGACGAUACAUCUGCAAUGCAGGAUUUGAAAAAAAGCAUCGGAUCGCCGAGUUCGUUAAAAUGGACUGACUCGGACCCCUGCAAUUGGGGUUACGUAAGUUGUACGAACGAUAAACGAGUCACCAGUAUCCAAAUCGGAUACCAGAAUCUCCGAGGUACACUUCCGGCGAGCUUAUCUAACCUUACGUCUUUGAUUAGAUUCGAAGUGAUGAAGAAUCAGUUAAGCGGACCUAUACCUAGUUUAGCGGGAUUGAGUUCUCUAAAGUUCUUGUUUCUCAAUAAUAACAGUUUCUCUUCAAUCCCGUCGGAUUUCUUCACUGCUAUGUCUUCUCUUCAAGAGGUUUUCCUUGAAUACAACGCGUUUUCGCCCUGGUCGAUACCAACCAGUCUUAAAGAAGCUUCGACUCUCAAACUCUUCUCCGCCACCUCCACCAAUAUGGUCGGAAAAAUCCCUGAAUUUCUCAACAGCGCCAACUUUCCCGGACUGACCGACCUUCGUUUAGAUUUCAACAAUCUCGAAGGAGAACUACCGGCGGGGUUUUCUGGUUCGUCGAUUCAAAACCUAUGGUUGAACGGACAACAAGGAACAUCACAGCUUAAUGGGUCACUCGCUGUUUUACAGAACAUGACACACUUGAAACAGGUUUGGCUACAUAAUAAUGCCUUCUCCGGCCCUCUCCCUGAUUUUUCCGGUUUGCUGAUAUUACAGGAUUUUAGUGUAAGAGACAACAGAAUUACAGGUCCGGUACCGGACUCCUUAACGAAGAUCGAUUCCUUAAAGGUUGUAAACUUGACAAACAACCUUUUACAAGGUCCAACCCCAAUUUUCGAUCCAUCUGUUCAAGUUGAUAUGAGUAAAAACUCUAAUAGCUUCUGUUUAUCAACCCCUGGAGCUCCCUGUGAUUCUCGAGUUAGUUCUCUGCUUAAGAUUGUGCAAUCUUUAGGUUAUCCGUCCUCAAUUGCACAAAACUGGAAAGGAAACAAUCCAUGCCAAAGCUGGACUGGUCUUGUUUGCUCUAAUGGCGACAUUACCAUGAUCUAUUUCGCUAAAAUGGGUCUUACUGGUACAAUUUCUCCAAGUUUCUCAUCGAUUCCUUCUCUCAGGAAGAUAAUCCUUGCCAACAACAAUCUUUCCGGUACCAUACCAGCUGAACUCACCACUCUAUCUAACUUAACCGAUCUAGAUGUUUCAAAUAACCAAAUUCAUGGAAAAGUUCCAGCUUUUAGUACUAACGUGUUAGUUAAUGUAAAUGGAAACCCUAAUAUUGGGCAAGAUACUGUAAGUCCUCCCUCCGUUAGUGGAAGUUCGCCUUCGGACAAUGGAACUCAAACCGCCUCUAAGAAGUCAUGGAAUGGAGUCAUUAUUGGCUCUGUUGUUAUCGGAGCCACAUGCUUCGUUUUCCUUGUAGCUUUUGGCGCGUUCUUCGUUUACAUGUCUAAGAGGAAACGAUACGGAAGAGUACAGAGUCCUAAUGUGAUUGAAACGGGGACAAUGGUGAUCUCGAUUCAGGUCUUGAGAAACGUGACCAACAAUUUCAACGAGGAGAAUAUACUCGGGAGAGGCGGUUUUGGUACGGUUUACAAAGGGGAAUUCCACGAUGGGACUAAGAUCGCGGUUAAGAGGAUGGAAUCGGGGGUCUUGACGGACAAAGGUUUGGAGGAAUUCAAAUCGGAGAUUGCGGUUCUUACUAAAGUUAGGCAUAGGCGUUUGGUCGCUCUACUCGGGUAUUGUUUGGAAGGUAACGAGAGAUUGCUUGUUUACGAGUAUAUGCCUCAAGGGACGUUGAGUAGACAUCUUUUUCAAUGGAAAGAGGAAGGAUUGAAGCCGUUAGAAUGGGCUAAACGGUUGACUCUUGCUCUUGAUGUUGCUAGAGGAGUUGAAUAUCUUCAUGGAUUGGCACACCAAAGCUUUAUUCAUAGGGAUCUUAAGCCCUCCAAUAUUCUCUUGGGCGAUGAUAUGCGCGCUAAAGUUGCCGAUUUUGGCCUUGUUCGUCUUGCCCCGGAGGGGAAGGAUUUCGUUGUCACUAAGCUUGCGGGUACUUUUGGGUACCUUGCUCCUGAGUAUGCAGUGACAGGCCGAGUGACUACAAAAAUCGACGUAUUCGCAAUUGGCGUGAUCCUAAUGGAACUGGUAACAGGUCGAAAGGCAUUAGACGAGACCCUAAAGGAAGAAGGUGUUCAUGAUGUGGAUGACGAUACCAAAGAGGAAGAAAUUUGUGUUCAUCUGGUCGAUUGGUUUCGCAGAUCAAUGAUAGACAAAGAGGCCUUCCCAAAAGCAGUUGACCCAACUAUCGAACUCGAUGAGGGUACCCUUGGCAGUGUCCGAACAGUUGCUGAACUAGCGAGUUACUGUUGUUCAAGAGAACCAACCCAGAGACCAGACAUGGGUAAUGUUGUUAAUGUACUGUCUUCUCUAUCAGAGCUGUGGAAACCGUCUGAACUAGACUUUAAGGACAUGUAUGUGUACGCUUAUUAAAAUUGGUCGCCCGUCUUUAAGGGCAGUUCG